UUCCAACCUCAUAGGAUGUCAUCGUUUCCGCCUCCUCCCCCUGGGCAGCCUCGGGUGGAACUGUCACCUGAGGCGUUAUCACAAAAGUCUCACAAAUGGGUCCAGAUGCAGAACAAACGUUAUGGCGAAAAGCGAAAAGCUGGAUUCAUCGACGUUGGGAAGCAGGAAUUACCCCCUGAGCACGUACGGAAGAUAAUAAAGGAUCACGGUGACAUGAGCAAUCGCAAAUUCAGAAAUGACAAGCGUGUCCAUCUCGGGGCACUGAAAUAUGUCCCUCACGCGGUGCUUAAACUACUCGAAAAUAUUCCGUUUCCUUGGGAGCAAGUCCGUGAAGUCCCUGUCCUCUAUCACAUCACCGGCGCUAUUACUUUCGUCAAUGAAAUCCCCCGAGUGGUUGAACCAAUUUAUCAUGCGCAAUGGAGUUCCAUGUGGAUUGCGAUGCGUCGCGAGAAGCGGGACCGUCGCCACUUCAAGCGCAUGCGCUUCCCUCCAUUUGAUGAUGAGGAGCCUCCUCUUGACUAUGGUGACAACAUCCUUGACGUGGAGCCCCUCGAAGCUAUUCAGCUUGAAUUAGAUGAGGAAGAAGAUGUUCCGAUCUUCGAUUGGUUUUAUGAUCCAAAACCGCUUAUUGAUACGCCCGCUGUGAAUGGAUCCUCCUACAGAUACUGGUCUCUCUCCCUCCCUGUCAUGGCCAAUCUGUACAGACUUGGUCGCACUUUGCUGUCAGAUCAUACAGACAGCAAUGUCAGUUAUCUCUUUGACAAGAAAUCAUUUUUUACAGCGAAGGCUCUGAACAUGGCCAUACCUGGCGGUCCGAAGUUUGAACCCUUAUAUCGCGACAUGGAUGCCUUUGAUGAAGAUUGGAACGAGUUUAAUGACAUCAAUAAAAUCAUCAUUCGCCAGCAAAUCCGCACGGAGUAUAAGGUGGCUUUCCCUCACCUUUACAACUCUCUCCCUCGUUCCGUCAGUAUCUCGCCCUACCACGUUCCUAAGAACGUGUAUAUCCGCACUGAGAAUCCUGAUCUGCCGGCCUUCUACUUUGACCCCCUCAUUCAUCCCAUUUCGUCCCGUGCCUUCGCCGCCAAGCUUGAGCCUUUGAUUUCUCACGAGGACGCCGUGUUUGGCCCCAACAAUGAUGCUGACAUGUUUGAACUUCCUGAUGACAUCAGCCCUUUCUUUGCGGAUAAGGAGCUCGAGAAUGAGCACACCGCUGAUGCUAUUGCCCUUUGGUGGGCUCCUGCUCCGUAUCAGCAUCGUAGUGGGCGGAUGCGCCGAGCCGAAGAUGUACCGCUCGUUAAGAACUGGUACCUGGAGCACUGCCCUCCGAACCAGCCUACUAAGGUUCGCGUUUCGUACCAGAAGUUGCUCAAGUGUUUCGUCUUGAACGAGCUACAUCGUCGCCCAGCCAAGUCUGUCACUAAGCGUGACUUGUUCAAGCAACUCAAAGCCACAAAGUUCUUCCAGACCACUAGGUUGGACUGGGUGGAGGCCGGCCUUCAGGUUUGCCGUCAGGGCUACAAUAUGUUGAAUUUACUGAUCCACCGCAAAAACCUGAAUUAUUUGCACCUGGAUUAUAACAUGAACUUGAAGCCUGUGAAGACCUUGACAACGAAAGAGCGCAAGAAGUCUCGUUUCGGCAACGCAUUCCAUCUGUGCAGGGAAAUACUCCGACUCACAAAGUUAGUUGUCGAUGCUCAUGUUCAGUAUCGUUUGGGCAAUGUCGAUGCAUUUCAAUUGGCGGAUGCGCUUCAGUAUAUCUUUGCCCAUAUUGGUGCCUUAACUGGAAUGUACAGGUACAAGUACAAGUUGAUGCGUCAAGUGCGCAUGACGAAAGAUUUAAAGCAUUUGAUCUACUAUCGAUUUAACACCGGGCCCGUCGGCAAAGGCCCGGGGUGUGGUUUCUGGGCCCCGGGGUGGCGUGUAUGGUUGUUUUUCAUGCGCGGUAUUGUUCCACUCCUCGAGCGAUGGCUUGGUAACUUGCUUGCUCGCCAGUUUGAAGGACGAAAUAGCAAAGGCGUCGCAAAGACCGUCACAAAGCAGCGUGUCGAGUCGCAUUUUGACCUCGAGCUUCGAGCCGCUGUAAUGCACGAUAUCCUGGAUAUGAUGCCUGAAUCCAUAAAACAAAACAAGGCGAAGACAAUUUUGCAGCAUCUGUCGGAAGCUUGGCGAUGCUGGAAGGCCAAUAUCCCAUGGAAGGUUCCAGGGAUGCCCACUGCCAUCGAGAACAUCAUUUUGCGUUACAUCAAGAGCAAAGCUGACUGGUGGACUUCGGUUGCACACUACAACCGUGAGCGCAUCCGCCGUGGAGCCACCGUAGAUAAGGCUGUUGUUAAGAAGAACUUGGGUCGUCUCACGCGUCUGUACCUCAAAGCCGAACAGGAGCGUCAGCAUGCAUACUUGAAGGAUGGGCCGUACGUCAGCGCAGAAGAAGCCGUUGCGAUUUACACCACUACUGUUCAUUGGCUUGAAAGUCGUAAAUUUGCCCCAAUACCUUUCCCACCUUUGUCAUACAAACAUGACACGAAGCUACUAGUACUUGCUCUCGAAAAGCUAAAGGAAGCGUACAGUGUGAAGGGCCGUUUGAAUCAGUCGCAGCGCGAGGAGCUAGCGCUGAUCGAGCAAGCAUACGACAAUCCUCACGAGUGUCUAUCUCGCAUCAAACGACUCCUGCUUACUCAGCGAGCUUUCAAGGAAUCUGGAAUUGAGUUCUUCGAUACGUAUGAUAAACUAAUUCCGUGCUACGACAUUGAGCCAGUCGAGAAGAUCACUGAUGCCUACCUUGAUCAGUUCCUCUUCUUCGAGGCGGACAAACGUGGACUGUUUCCCGCUUGGAUCAAGCCAGCCGACACUGAGCCUCCACCGUUGCUAGUGUACAAGUGGUGCCAAGGCAUCAAUAACUUGACUGACAUCUGGGAGACAAGCGAAGGCGAAUGCAACGUGAUGAUGGAGACAGUAUUAUCGAAAGUUUAUGAGAAAAUCGAUCUGACCUUGCUCAAUCGUCUGCUUCGAUUAAUUCUGGAUCACAAUCUAGCAGACUAUAUCACCGCAAAGAACAACACCGUUCUUACAUACAAGGAUAUGGCGCAUACUAACGCCUUCGGUCUUAUUCGUGGCCUUCAGUUCUCGGCGUUUGUCUUCCAGUAUUAUGGACUUGUUCUGGAUCUCCUUAUCCUUGGUCUUCAACGUGCCAGUGAGAUGGCGGGGCCUCCUCAGCUUCCGAAUAACUUCCUUCAGUACCGCGACAGUGCAACAGAAACUAGGCAUCCUAUUCGCUUGUAUUCUCGAUAUGUGGAUCGUCUGCAUAUUUUGUUCCGCUUUACCGCGGACGAAGCCAGGGACCUGAUCCAGAGGUACCUCAGUGCUAAUCCUGAUCCGACCAACAACAACGUUAUUGGCUACAAUAAUAAGCGUUGCUGGCCUCGUGACUGUCGUAUGCGCUUGAUUAAACACGAUGUUAACCUCGGACGCGCCGUGUUCUGGAAUGUCAAGCAGAGCCUGCCUCGAUCACUUACCACUAUUGAAUGGGAUGACACCUUCGUCAGUGUUUACUCGAAGCAUAAUCCCCAACUUCUGUUUUCUAUGUCUGGCUUCGAAGUUCGAAUAUUGCCCAAGAUUCGUACCAUGAAUGGGGAGCAGUUCUCACUCAAGGAUGGGGUCUGGAAUUUGACAAACGAGCAGACUAAGGAACGCACGGCGCAGGCCUUUUUACGGGUUUCCGAUGAAGGCAUCCAACAGUUCAAUAAUCGUAUCCGCCAAGUUUUAAUGAGCUCUGGAUCUACUACGUUCUCGAAGAUCGUGAACAAAUGGAACACGGCUCUCAUCGGACUCAUGACAUACUACCGCGAGGCUGUGGUGCACACGAACGAACUUCUGGAUGCCCUCGUCAAGGCUGAGAACAAGAUUCAGACGCGUGUCAAAAUUGGUCUCAACAGCAAAAUGCCUUCCCGUUUCCCUCCUGUUGUAUUUUACACUCCAAAGGAACUUGGAGGCUUGGGCAUGUUGUCGAUGGGUCAUGUCCUCAUUCCCCAGAGCGAUCUUCGAUGGUCAAAGCAAACAGACGUUGGAGUGACGCACUUUAGAUCUGGUAUGAGCCAUGAGGAAGAUCAGCUCAUACCCAAUCUAUACCGCUAUCUUCAGCCAUGGGAGGCCGAGUUUAUGGACUCGGCUCGGGUUUGGUCGGAGUAUUCAAUGAAGCGGAAAGAAGCGAACGCACAGAAUCGCCGUUUGACUCUCGAGGAUCUUGAGGAUAGUUGGGAUCGUGGGAUACCCCGAAUCAAUACCCUCUUCCAAAAGGAUCGUCACACCCUCGCUUACGACAAGGGGUGGCGGGUUAGAACAGAUUGGAAACAAUAUCAAUUGCUAAAGCACAAUCCGUUCUGGUGGACAUCGCAGCGACAUGACGGAAAGCUAUGGCAGCUGAACAACUAUCGAGUCGAUGUCAUAGCGGCGUUAGGUGGUGUGGAAGGCAUUCUGGAACACACCCUAUUCAAAGGGACAUACUUCCCUACCUGGGAAGGCCUUUUCUGGGAGAAAGCGUCUGGUUUCGAAGAAUCGAUGAGAUACAAAAAAUUGACGAACGCCCAACGCUCCGGAUUAAACCAAAUCCCCAAUCGUCGUUUCACCUUGUGGUGGAGUCCUACCAUCAACCGCGCAAACGUCUAUGUUGGUUUCCAGGUGCAGCUCGACCUGACUGGCAUUUUUAUGCACGGAAAGAUCCCUACGUUAAAGAUCAGUUUGAUUCAAAUCUUCCGCGCCCACUUGUGGCAAAAAAUUCACGAAAGUGUUGUAAUGGAUCUUUGUCAAGUUUUCGAUCAGGAACUCGAGGCUCUUCAGAUUGAGACUGUCCAGAAGGAAACUAUUCACCCGAGAAAAAGUUACAAGAUGAACUCCUCUUGCGCAGAUAUUCUUCUAUUCUCAGCUUACAAGUGGAACAUCGCUCGACCAUCACUAGUGUCAGAUAACAAAGAUGUCUUGGAUGGAACGACGAGUAACAAGUACUGGAUCGAUGUGCAGUUACGUUGGGGGGACUUCGACACACACGAUGUUGAACGUUACACUCGUGCUAAGUUCCUCGACUACGUCUCAGAUUCCAUGAGCAUCUAUCCUUCACCUACCGGUGUGAUGAUCGGUAUGGACCUGGCUUACAACAUCUGGUCUGCGUACGGAAAUUGGUUCCCGGGGAUGAAGCCAUUGAUUCAGCAGGCUAUGGCUAAGAUUGUCAAGGCUAACCCAGCCCUACACGUCUUACGUGAGCGUAUACGCAAGGGCCUCCAGCUAUACUCUUCGGAACCCACCGAGCCAUAUCUGAACAGCCAGAAUUAUUCGGAGCUUUUCUCCAAUCAGAUUAUCUGGUUCGUGGACGACACAAAUGUGUAUCGUGUAACGAUAUGGCGCUAUCUUUAUUUUCAAUCCCCGAUCCGGUCAGCUGUUCUUGAAGGUCAUCCAUACAGUGUUUGGGCCGGUCAAAAGCGUCUCGGACAGCUUGCGAAAUGGAAGACAGCAGAAGAAGUAGCUGCUUUGGUCCGUUCGCUUCCGGUCGAAGAACAGCCGAAGCAGGUGAUUGUCACUCGAAAGGGCAUGUUGGAUCCACUCGAGGUUCACUUGCUUGAUUUCCCCAACAUUGUUAUCAAAGGAAGUGAGCUUCAGCUUCCGUUCCAAGCUUGCAUGAAAAUGGAGAAGUUCGGUGACUUGAUCCUGCGCGCCACUCAACCCCAAAUGGUGCUGUUCAACCUCUACGACGACUGGCUCAAAUCUAUCUCGAGUUACACUGCAUUCUCGCGUCUUAUUCUCCUGCUUCGUGGUUUGCAUGUGAACAACGAGAAAGCUAAGAUCAUUCUCCGACCCGACAAAAACACCAUCACCGAACCACAUUUUGUGUGGCCGUCGCUUUCUGAUGAAGAGUGGAUCAAAGUUGAGGUGGCGCUUAAAGAUCUCAUCCUUGCGGACUUCGGCAAGCGCAAUAGCGUAAAUAUCGCUUCGCUGACGUCCAGUGAAAUUCGCGAUAUUAUUCUUGGUCAAGAAAUUGCCGCGCCGUCCAUCCAACGACAGCAAAUGGCAGAGCUUGAGAAAUCGACUGAAGCGCAGAGCCAGGUCACCGCUGUUACUACCCGGACAACGAAUAUUCAUGGUGAUACCAUGGAUGUUGUUACCACCACGAACUACGGGCAGCAGGUCUUCAGCAGCAAAUCAGACUGGCGCGUCCGUGCCAUUUCUGCCACCCACCUUCCACUCCGUCUACAGCACAUCUACGUUUCGAAUGAUGAUGUGAAGGACGACGCCACCUCUUACACUUAUAUCAUCCCUAAGAAUAUCAUCCGCUCUUUUAUCAUCAGUGCUGAUCUGCGAACCCAAGUUGCCGCGUUCCUAUACGGGGUUUCGCCUCCCGACAACAAGCAAGUCAAAGAGAUACGGGCCCUCGCAUUCGUUCCUCAGCGUGGCAACAACAACAAUGUUGAGCUGCCUUCGCAGCUUCCGAGGGAUGAUUUCCUUUUAAAGGACUUGGAGCCUCUGGGUUGGAUUAAGACCCAAGGAUUGGACCUGCCCCAUCUAACGCCAUUGGAUGUUACGACUCAAGCGAAGAUAAUGGCAGAUCAUUCAGAAUGGGGGCCCAACUCAAUCUGUAUCGCUUGUGCCUUCACACCUGGUUCCAUCUCUCUGUCGGCACAUUGCCUGACAAUUCCGGGCUUUGAAUGGGGAAGAAAGAAUCAGGAUAACUCUCCUAAUCCACCGGGUUUUAACCCGAACAUGUCCGAACGCGUCCAACUGUUGCUGUCGGAUAGGAUCCUCGGUAUGACACUCGUUCCAGAGGGCAAGUUGUGGAAUUACGGUGUCGGGCUGACACAGCUUUGGUCACCAAAUAUGCCCUACUCGGUGAUCCUCGACACUCCCAUCCCUUUCUGGGCUGAACAACAUCGACCAUCUGCUUUCCUUUCUUUCGCCAACCUUGAAACAGGGGAUGACAGCGCCGACGUUGAGAACAGCUUAGCUUGAUCACCUACCUUGGUUCCUUAUGUAGUUGCUUCACACUAAUUGUAUUUAUGUCAUUCCUGCUCCCAACCUCGUUGUGUACUUUGUACCAUCACGACAAAGGCAUUGUUGCAAAGUCACGGAACUCAACCUGCAUGCGGAUAUUUGCCUGGCCUCCACCUGAUUAUAUAAGACCGGUGACAAUAGCCGGAAUAUGGUUACGUCCAAUCCAUAGUUCG